AUGGCGGCAAGGGGAAGGGAAAAUCAACAAAGUUCAGUGGACACGCACCUCGAAUCAAAAAUCCGGAGCUAUCAAACUUUGUGUGUUCGAUUUUCUGCAGCUCAGCUUUUCCCCCCAUUCCUCCUCCCCCUCACUACUCAAAUUCUUGCCCUCGCUAAUUCUGCUUAUGUACCAACUUCAAAUUUUCUGGGAUAUGAAUCUUUCCCCCUCCACCUGUGGUCCAGCACUUUGCAAAUCAGUGGGGAUUUUGUUGUCAAGGACAAUCUAUGGCGAUUGGUUUUCGGCGUACAUCUCGCAAACGCCUCUCAACUCCGAGUCGUCGCAUCACCUGCAGACGAGGGUACGAGCGGGAACCUGAGACUACCACGUCACUAUUUAAGCAGUCUCCUCGUCGUUCAUGAUUACAGUUUUGAAAAGGAUUGA